CAGCGGUAUCUUCGGACGCUGUGUCUCCAUGCUGAUGGUGGUCGAGUUCCAAAAACGAGGUCUGCCGCACGGCCAUAUCCUGGUCAUCGUCCGGCAGGAGGACCGCCCGCGGACUGCCGACGAUGUAGACGCGGUGAUCACGGCGGAACUGCCCGACCCGGCCAGGUCAGACCAGGCGCGCCGCCUGCACGAAAUCGUGGUGAGUACCAUGGUACAUCGCCAGUGCGGCGCCGCCAACCCGACGGCCGCCUGCAUGGACGGCGGUCGCUGCUCCAAGGGCUUCCCCAAGCCGUUCGCCAACGCGACAGAGUGGCGGGAUGACCAUCCGUACCCUGUCUACAGGCGGCGACCGGCGGCCGAGGGCGGCCAGGAGUUUGUGCGUGACGGGCGGCUCAUCACCAAUCAGUGGGUGGUACCCUUCUCUCCAUACCUGUCCCUGAAAUAUGAGGCGCACGUGAACGUGGAGGUGUGCUGUUCGGUGCAGAGUGUCAAGUAUCUUUUCAGGUACAUCUACAAGGGCCCGGACCGCCAGAUGGUGCGCGCUGACAACCUGAUCGGCGGCGAUGACGAGAUCGCCGAGUACCAGGACAUGCGCUCGAUCGGCGCCAGUGAGGCCUGCUGGCGUCUGUUCGACAUGCCGAUGAGCCAGCGGCAGCCGAACGUGGUCGCCCUACAGGUGCACCUCGAGGACCACCAGCUGGUGUACUUCGAGCCGGGGCAGGAGCGGCAGGCGGCCCAGGCCGCCCGACGCACCCACCUCACCGCCUGGCUGGAGUAUAACCGGGAGUCGGCCGCCGCCGACCCGGACUGCCGCCGACUGCUCUACCCGGACUUCCCGUCCCGGUACACCUGGCAGGCCGGCCAGAAGGUGUGGCGCAAACGGCGCCAACAGCAGGCGGCAGAGGCCAUCGGCCGCGUGGUGAGCCUCUCACCGCGUCACGGUGACGUGUUCUACCUGCGCGUGCUGCUGCACCACGUCGCGGGGGCGGCGUCCUUUGAGGAGCUGCGCACCGUGGACGGCGUGGUCUGUGCCACCUAUCGUGAGGCGUGCUGCCUGCGCGGCCUUCUGCAGGACGACCGCGAGUGGGAGGUGACGAUGGAGGACGCGGCGCACGCACAGAUGCCGGCUCAAGUCCGGCGCCUCUUCGUGACGCUGCUGCUCUUCUGCGCACCAGCCGAUCCGUCAGAGCUGUUCAGGCGUCACCUGGACGCCAUGUCUGAUGACUUCGACCGCCGUCAUCGCGACCUGCCGGACGAGCUGCGCGCUGCACUAACACUGGUGGACCUUGAGCGGCAGCUACAGCAGGCCGGCAAAGAGCUCCGAGACUUCGGUCUGCCGGAGGUGACGCCCGAUCAGCGGGCGCGGACGGCUGAGCUGCAGCAGGCCGCCGAGCUGCGCCAGCUGCCGCGGCUCAUUCAGGAGGAGCUAGAGUACGACGCAGCAGCGCUCAGAGACCAGGUGGCCAUCCAGCUGCCCACUCUGCUGCCGCCGCAGCGCCACGUCUUCGACCUGGUGAUGACGGCCGUCGACGGGCGACGUCCGCUGGCCGUGUUCGUGGACGCCGCUGGCGGCACCGGAAAGACGUACGUCUUCAACACGCUGCUGGCGGCGGUGCGCUCGCAGGGUCUGGUGGCGCUCGCCGUGGCCUUCAGUGGAAUCGCUGCCACUCUGCUCGACGGCGGGCGCACAUAUCACUCGCGUUUUAAGGCACCGCUGCAGGUGGACGCGACAUCAACGUGCGCCAUCAGCGCGCAGAGCCCGCUGGCGGAGCUCAUCCGACGGACGGCGCUCAUCGUGUGGGACGAGGCGCCCAUGGCUCACCGUCACCACCUGGAGGCAUUCGACCGCACGCUGCGUGACGUCACUGGCAGCGAGGAGCCGUUCGGCGGAAAAGUCCUCGUGCUGGGCGGGGAUUUCCGCCAAAUUCUCCCAGUCAUCAGGCACGGUACCCGCGCACAGGUGGUGGACGCCUGUCUGCGGCGGUCAGCGCUGUGGCGUCACUUCAUUGUGGCGCCGCUGCUGGAGAACAUGCGGGCGCGGCGGGCAGCCGGGCCGGACGGUCCAGAGCUGCGGGCGUUCUGUGACUGGCUGCUCGAGCUGGGAGAGGGGCGCGCAGAGGGCCCCGAGGAUGGGUUUGUUCAGCUGCCCCCGCACCUGGUGAUGGACGCCGAUAUCGACGCUGUCAUUGACUGGGUGUUUGAUGACCUGGCAGGGCGACACGGCGACCGGGAGUGGAUGGCGUCGCGGGCUGUGCUCGCGCCGCGAAACACUCGGGUCGACGAGCUGAACGCCGCAGUCACCGAGCGCUUCCCCGGAGAGGCCGUCCGCCUGCUGAGCGCCGACAGUCUGGUGGAGGAGGCCGAGCAGCUGGAUAUUCCACAUGAGUAUCUAAACACUCUGUGCGCUCCCGGCUUCCCACCUCACUGCUUGAUGAUAAAGCCAGGCAUGCCACUCAUGCUACUUCGUAACCUGUCCGCCACUGACGGACUGUGCAAUGGCACGCGACUUAUCGCUGGUCGUAUCAUCAGCCCGCGACUCAUGGAGGCCACUAUCGCCUGCGGCAAAAACGCCGGAAGGCAAGUGCUUAUUCCACGGCUCCCACUCCAGCCCCCGGAUGACGCGUUUCCCUUCCGCUGGGAGCGUCGCCAGUUCCCCGUGCGGCCAGGUUUCGCCAUGACGGUGAACAAAGCCCAGGGGCAGACGCUCGGUCGGGUCGCGGUCUUUCUGGAGGAGCCAGUGUUCAGCCACGGGCAGCUGUACGUCGCUGCAUCGCGGGUCGGCCGGCCGGCGGAUCUAAGGAUCGCGCUGCCCAGAGGUGGCCAAGGCGCAACACCCAAUGUGGUGUACACGGAGGUGAUGGGCCGAGGUGAAGGCCGGUAG